AAAUUUCGCCCGAUCACUUCUCCUCGAAUGUUUCGGUCUGGUCGUUUAGGUUGCUGCUGCCUCCUGUUAGCCUGCUACUAUGGCGAGGACGUUUGAUACCAUAGCAAGCUAUCAAUGUGCAUAAUAAUAUCUAACAAGCGGGGAGAGAGUAGGGAAAAAAAGAUUAACUGCCGAUGCGCAUUCUUGACUAAGUGACAGCAAACUGCCCACUGCAAAUUGAGACACAGACACACACCCAUCCGCGCGCUGCUCCUAAUCUGCAGAUUCUUUGGUCUAUAAACUUGUAGGGAGUAUUUUGACAACAUCUAUUUAGGCAUAUUAAAACACUUCCGUUUUCCCCCGCUCACGAGUAUCAUCAGAUCCGACUAUAAACGGUCAAUUGCGAAUAAGAGUAUGGCCAGGUUGGCACACCCCUACUCUUUACAAAGGCCAGCCACCUCGACCUAGAUGACAACCUGGACACAGGGGUAGACGUAAUAUAGUAAACGUAAUCCGACACACUCUGAUGUUACGUUUCGUAUGAUAUGAACAUUGCACAUCGAACCUUCAGCUCUGCAUGCCGCUUGAUUAACAUCAACUGUAUCAGAAACCUCUCCUACUCACAGCGCGUUAUGGCAUCAUCAAGGCAUACGAACUCCAAAAGGAUUGAGGGACUGGACAAGAAUGUUUGGGUGGCGUUCACCUCGGUGGCAGCAGACCCCACCAUAGUGAACCUGGGCCAGGGCUACCCCGACAUCCCUCCCCCCGCCUACGUCAAGGAGGGCCUAGCCAACGCUGCUGCAGUGGACAAGCUCAACCAGUACACAAGAGGCUUUGGCCACCCGUCUCUGGUGAAGGCUCUUUCUCAGGUGUAUGGGAAAGUGUACGGACACCAGAUUGAUCCUUUCAAGGAGAUACUGGUCACAGUAGGGGGCUAUGGAUCCUUAUUCAGUACCAUGCAGGCACUGGUGGAGGUGGGAGAUGAGGUUAUAAUUAUCGAACCCUUCUUUGAUUGCUAUGUACCCAUGGUUCGAAUGGCAGGGGCCACACCGGUCUUGAUACCAUUACGACUUAGGUCUAAUAAGACGACCACUAGUAUCUCCAGCGCUGACUGGGUCCUGGAUCCAGAGGAGCUAGCCAGUAAAUUCACCUCCAAGACCAAGGCCAUCAUUAUCAACACUCCCAACAACCCCAUCGGGAAGAUAUUCACCAAGGAUGAGCUUCAGACUAUCGCUGACCUCUGCAUCAAACACGACACUCUGUGCAUCAGUGAUGAGGUGUAUGAAUGGCUCAUCUACAAGGGACACCAACACAUCAAAAUAGCUACUCUUCCUGGCAUGUGGGACAGAACGAUCACCAUCAGCAGUGCAGGGAAGACCUUUAGUGUGACAGGCUGGAAGCUUGGCUGGUCCAUAGGACCAGAACACCUGAUAAGGCACCUUCAGACUGUUAUGCAGAACACCUUGUACACCUGUCCAACACCGCUGCAGGAGGCUGUGGCCCAGGGCCUGCUGAGGGACUAUGAGCUGAUGGGUCGGCCUGAGUGUUACUUCACCUCUCUGGCUGUGGAGCUGGAGGGGAAGAGGGACCGCAUGGCUGCCUUCCUACAGGACGUUGGCAUGUCUCCUAUAAUACCCGAGGGAGGGUACUUCAUGUGCGUGGACGUCACACCCCUUAAUCAGGACUUGUCUCAUAUGGGAGACGAUGAGCCGUACGACUACAAGUUUGUCAAGUGGAUGAUUAAGGAGAAGAAACUGGCAGCCAUUCCGGUCACUGCGUUCUGUGGUGAUGCUUCCAAGAAGCAGUUUGAGAAAUACAUCCGCCUAUGCUUCAUCAAGCAAGACAGCACUCUGGAUGCAGCGGAGGCUAUCCUCAAGAACUGGAACAAGUAAAAGACAGUCCUGUUGGAUGUAAGGGUUUGUCUCAAGACCCUCUCUCUUUUUACUGUGACACGCCUAUAAAACUGGGUACGUUACUUUGUAGGACUGCUAUGGGACAGUUUGUAGGACUGCUAUGGGACAGUUUGUAGGACUGCUAUGGAACAGUUUGUAGGACUGCUAUGGGACAGUUUGUAGGACUGCUAUGGGACAGUUUGUAGGACUGCUAUGGAACAGUUUGUAGGACUGCUAUGGAACAGUUUGUAGGACUGCUAUGGAACAGUUUGUAGGACUGCUAUGGGACAGUUUGUAGGACUGCUAUGGAACAGUUUGUAGGACUGCUAUGGGACAGUUUGUAGGACUGCUAUGGAACAGUUUGUAGGACUGCUAUGGGACAGUUUGUAGGACUGCUAUGGAACAGUUUGUAGGACUGCUAUGGGACAGUUUGUAGGACUGCUAUGGGACAGUUUGACCCGUUGUUGAUAUUUUUUGACCUCUUUGUGUUAUGUUAUGUUAUUCAUUUAUUGUAUUGCCUUUUAUUUGAGUUUUAUCUCAUUUGAUUGGAUUAGAUGUUAUAUGACACACACAGAAUGGAUUAACUUCCAGGUUUGAACUUCCUCCUUGUGACAUAACUUGCUGAGUAGCACUCGUUAUCCUGUCAACAUUGUUUUCCUGUACCCUCCAUAUGAUGAGGGAACAGUUUGUUUUCCUGUACCCUCCAUAUGAUGAGGGAACGGUUUGUUUUCCUGUACCCUCCAUAUGAUGAGGGAACGGUUUGUUUUCCUGUACCCUCCAUAUGAUGAGGGAACGGUUUGUUUUCCUGUACCCUCCAUAUGAUGAGGGAACGGUUUGUUUUCCUGUACCCUCCAUAUGAUGAGGGAACAGUUUGUUUUCCUGUACCCUCCAUAUGAUGAGGGAACAGUUUGUUUUCCUGUACCCUCCAUAUGAUGAGGGAACGGUUUGUUUUCCUGUACCCUCCAUAUGAUGAGGGAACGGUUUGUUUUCCUGUACCCUCCAUAUGAUGAGGGAACGGUUUGUUUCCUGUACCCUCCAUAUGAUGAGGGAACAGUUUGUUUUCCUGUACCCUCCAUAUGAUGAGGGAACGGUUUGUUUCCUGUACCCUCCAUAUGAUGAGGGAACGGUUUGUUUCCUGUACCCUCCAUAUGAUGAGGGAACGGUUUGAAUCCUGUGCCGUCCUCCUGGUUUUAUUUCAUCUGUGAAUAAACGGCUACAAAAGA